UUAACGAUUUGAAAAACCAUUAUGGAAAAAGCAGAUAAGGAAAACGAAGUCCCUCUUGAUGGGUAUGGAGCACUCGGAGAUCUCCUUGAGUCCAAUCAUAAGCUAGUUAAUUGUCUUGAAACAGAAUACAAGCUUCUCAGGAAAUUCCACCUAUCUGGUGUAGUAGUAUUGCCUCACCUAGAUGAUAUCAAAAUAUGGGAUGGAACAAUUUUCAUAAAGCAGGGUCUUUACAAAGGCGGAAUUUUCAAAUUCCGGAUGACUUUCCCUGUCGACUAUCCAAGUAAGCCACCGAAGGUAUACUUCGCUACCUCGAUCUACCACCCUAUGAUCCAUAAGGAAACUGGAGACUUUGACUUAUAAAACAUCAUUUCAAAGAUUGGGAGAGUGGUAAAAAUUACACUAUCAAUAUUCUAAAGCUCUUAAAGAACAUUUUCUACGUGAAUGACUACUUCUGCAUCCAAGACUCAUACAACCCUGAUGCUGGGUAUACUUUCGGUACAAAUUACAACGAGUAUCGGAGCAGAUGCGUCGAAAGUGUUGCAGAAAGCAAGAGGGAGAAAUACGUCAAUGAGGAAGACUCCUCCCUCAAAUUCGAAGAAUUCACUGACUUCCACCAGAAAUUACUUGAUAAUUUGAAGAAUAGACCAGAAAAGACCGAUAAUGAGAAAGUAGAGGGGUUUAAAAACUGGCUUAUAGGCGCUUGGAAGGAUAACCUUUAUUCGUAAGAAUGAAAACUCAAUUUCG